AUGAUGUCGCAGCACUUGUCAAGUAUGUUCGAACAACUCGGUAACUUCACUAAGAAUAAUUUGAACAGUAAAAUGAAGGAGAAAGAUAAAGUGAACUCGAAUCAUGUGGGGAACUCACCGCAUAAGCCACCGCCCCCACCAUUGAAGAAACCGUGCAAGCUGCGGAACGUGUCUUCUAAAGCGGAAUCGUAUGACACGCUGUAUGGCAACAGUCAACUGAUAAAUAUGGCUACAACUGUCCGGUGUAUUAACUUGGGACUAGGUCAGUUUGAUGUGGUUAACACCAAAUCAUUGUUAACUGCGGGAUAA